UGUGCAUUGAGUUUUUGCAUAGCUUGAGAUGGACACGAGGAACAUCAAAGAGUGAUCUGUGCCUUGUAUUAUGGUCAUGUGUUCUGUUGAGGUUGGCAAGGAGAUGUUUGAGGGGAGGGUUAAUAUCAGAGUUAAGUGUUCUAUGUAUGUAAUAGGUGCAGUAAUAAGUAUGGAUGUUUUAUAUGGUAUAAUGUAUGCUGCUUGUAGCUUCCUUCGUCCAGCAUGGGUGACCUCUCGUAAUACUCUCAAGAAAUAUUGCACUGAAGUGCCUGCAACACCAAAGAGAAGGAAACGGGUUUUGGGAUUAAUUGGAAAGAUCUCUGGUGGUGUAGUGGUGGCAGUGCCAACAGCUGGUGGCAUAUACUAUGCUCUCAGUGAUGAUAUUACCAAGAGGCAGACCAGAGUCACUGUUGAGGGAAUUGGAAGAUUCUUCAGGACAUUGUGGAUUGGUAUGACUAUUUCGCUCGACUACCAGUGGGCGAUGUAUGGUCUUAAUACAGACAGUGAUGAAUAUGAAAAGGCAAUGUCUAAAGCUCACCAGCGUUCAGCAGAGCGUAUAUUGGAAGGCUGUCUCAAGAAUGGAGGUCUCUACAUAAAGCUGGGCCAGGGUUUGGUGUCUAUGAAUCAUGUGUUGCCCAAGGAGUAUGUAGACACACUCAGGGCUUUGCAAAAUAAAUGUCUUAAUCGUGGAUGGAAUGAGAUUGGCCAUCUGUUCCAAGAAGAUUUUGGGCAGUCACAUAAGGAUAUGUUUGCAGAGUUUGAUGAUGAACCGAUUGCUGCUGCUAGUCUAGCUCAGGUGUUCCGGGCCAGGACACAUGGCGGAGAUGAGGUUGCAGUCAAAGUUCAGUACAUUGAUCUUCAGGAUCGCUUCAAGGGAGAUGUAGCGACCAUAGAGAUUAUAUUGGAUAUUAUUCAAAUAAUGCAUCAUAAAUUUGCCCUGAAGUGGGUUAUGAAGGACCUAAAGGGCACCUUAGAGCAGGAGCUAGACUUCAUUAACGAAGGACACAAUAGUGAACGCUGUGCAAAGGACCUUGCCAAAUUCUCCUAUGUGCAUGUUCCGAAGGUUCACUGGGACCUCUGUAGCAAGAGAGUUUUAACUGCCGAAUUUAUUCAUGGCCACUGUGUAAGUGACAUAGGGAACAUAAAGGAAGAUGGGCUGACCCUGGAGGAUGUAGAUAAGAAGCUAAUCAAUGCCUUUGCUGAGCAAAUAUUCCACACUGGGUUUGUGCAUGCAGAUCCACAUCCAGGCAAUGUUUUGAUACGGCGGAGUAAACACGGUGGAGCAGAGAUUGUUAUACUAGAUCAUGGCUUGUAUCAGUGUCUCCCUACAUCAGUCAGACAGCCACUCUGCCGCCUAUGGAAGGCUAUUGUCCUGGGAAACCAUAAAGAAAUGCAGAAAAACUCAGCCCAGUUAGGUGUUACAGUACAUACAACAGAUGGCUAUCGAUUCUUCUGCAUGAUGGUGGGGCAGUGCUAUGUACCACCUUCAGGAUCAGACAAGUUUGAAAAAAGGUUCUUUGGAAAUCAAGGGCCAAAGCAGUUUAGUCGAAGCAAUUGGAAGAAAAUGGCGAAGGAGGAUAGAGAAAAAAUGAAAAAGCGCAUGGAAGAAGCUCGUGAGACAUUGAGAAAAUCUUUUGAGGAUCUCCCAACGGAACUCUUCCUUGUCUUGCGGAACGUAAAUACAGUCCGUGCCAUCACAAGGGACCAUGGAGACGUUGUCGACAGAUAUACGUUAAUGGCUCGGUCAGCUACAAGGGGAGCAUUUGUUUCACCUGAUGCUACACUCUCACAGAGAGUACAAGGAUUGCUAGAGCAGUUUUAUUUUGAUUAUAAUCUCAAGAAAGAAGCUCUGAAGGUGUGGGUAAUUAAAAAAGUGCUUUAUAUACUGUACCUCUUGGGUCGUGCUCCAAGCAUGUCUAAAAUUUCUGAAGCCAUGUCAGAGCAAACCUAUUAAGAGCAAAGACAGACAUAAUGGUGAUGGAUAGGUGAGGCUUGAUAUGAGAGAGAUGCUUAUAUUUUGAGAACUCAAGUUCACUGUGUUCUUCUACAGGUAGCCAGUUGUAAUUCUUCUUUAGUAAAAGCUUUAAAGAGGCUUCCAAUUUUUAUACUUAAUUUUGUGAAACUAUAGUAAAAUUGUAGUCUGGGAAUACUUGAUGCUCUUUUAUAAAGAAAGAGAAACAGAAUUUUUUUAACAUUAUGUUCGCUACAGGUUGGCCAUCACUAAUGCGGCAAAUAGUAAUCCGGCACUAAUUUCGGCUAGCAUAAUUUCAAAUUUCCGGGGUCGCCACCUGCUGCUACUGUUUGGUGGCACUACUUGCUGCAUAAGUCAUUCCAGUUUGGUUUUCUCCAUUUAUUGUUAUAACCUGCUCACUUUUAGCCGUAGCCAUGGUUCCAAUGAAUAAAUGUUUCUUGUUGUGUAAAACACAUACACCAUACAUUGUUCAUAAAAGAUACGGUGGCUUUGAAGCCACUGUUGGUCGCCAUGAGCUCAGCUCACUCAUUAGCUAUGACCAGUAAAUUUGGGCCUAUAUGUGAGAGAAUAGGUCUGUGUAGUAAGUGUGCACUAUAUAAAAAAAUCGUGCAGCAUGCAGUGCAUAAUGAGAAUAAACUGCGACUCUGUUUAUUUUGUAAGACAGCAACUUUGCAGUGUAUUUUCGUAUGGAUUUUAUGGUUGUAUUCUCAUUUUUGGGUCUCAUUUGAUACAAUGGAAGGUAUAUUACAGAAAUAGAUAUGAUUUUGAUUGGUUUCACGAUGGAAAGUACCUUGAAAUUGAGCUCAAAGCAGCGGAAAUGUUCGAUUUUUGCUGAUAUUCAAGACCGUGUCCAUCUGGCCGGUCUAAUACACUGUCACGAAUGGGUUGACAUUAUUUAUACAGUUAUUACAGUAAUGCAGUAGUCUGCAUAGCAGUGAAUCUUCUAUUUUUUGUUUGAAUAAAAAUUCAAAAUUGAAAGCAAGUGUAAUAUAAGAGGAGUCUGGAGACAUGACUAAUGAACAGAGAAAAUGUUAUUUUAGUGCCAGGAAUGUCUGCAUUGUUUAUUCUGGACCCUGUUUUGAAAUUAGCAUCUCUUGAAAUUUGUGUGAAAUUGGCCAAAUUACUGAUUUCUGGCCACUUUAUUGAGUAGUUGAAAUAGUUAAAUGGGUGGUGUCUUGUACUCAAUUGAUAGAACAAAUGGAGUUCUAGUGAAAUAGCUAUGAGUUUGGCAGACUGAAACAAUGGAAUGGGCCAAAAAUAGGGCAUAAAGUGGGUGAAAUCGCCAAUGCGUAAAUAUCGCCAUUGGGUUAAGUGUAUUCUAACCUGACCACUCUGUAAUCCAGCAAAAUCACUAAUCUGGCACCCUACAGGUCCCGAUGAUGCCAGAUUAGUGAUGGUCAACCUGUACUAGGCUUAUAGAUAUUUGUAUGCUAUUGUGAAUCAGAACAGAACAGUGAGAAUACUACUGGUCCUGUACUUCAAGUGGAAAGCAUCCAUUCACUGUGUAAUGCAUUUUCUGUGCAUAACAGCAAUGAGUAGCUCUGUCAGUUCAUCUUAGUUUUACAACUCUGAUUCUUUGAUAUUAUUAUUUUCAUUUGAGCAUUAGCUCAUUCUAAUAUCUAUUGCCUCUCAUUUUUGGUUGAAUAAUUCUUUUAAAACAAAUUUUUAAAUUUCCUUUUGAAAAAACACCUUUGACCUUUGAGUUUUGCAGCUUCCAAGGAGAAAAAGGGAAAAGGCACUUACAGAUUUGAUGACAUAAAAUACUUGCCAAUUCUUUUUAAAAUACAACUGAAAGGUGUUGCCAUCUCUUGGUUGAUGGGCCACUUACAUGUUCUACACAAGGUUAGUAAAUAAUCUAAUAAAUAUGAAUUGCAGGAUUUUUUUGCAACCUGUAUAUGAAUAAGUACUUUUUCUUUCAUAUUCAAAGUAAAUGCAGUACUGUAAUUUGACAAACAAAAUGCAUAUACCAAUAGUUUAUUAGAAGUCUGAAGAUGGUGAUUUUUAGAAAAUAUACUAAAGACAGUUCAUGCAACCAUUAAAAUUGUUCAUACAAAUGUUAAAAUUGUGUAUUUUUGAUAAAUAAUGGCAUAUUGGUUUAAAAGUAAAAAUUUUGUUCCAAGAUAAAUAUUUUUCUUUGUGCAGUGUACUGAGCUAGUGGAUCAUGUGUUUUUGUGUUUUGCUUAAGAAAUACAUUACUAGCUUUCAUUUCAAUUGUUUACUACAUUGUCUUGUUUAUUAAUAUUUAUUUUAAAUAUUGCAACUAAUGCUUAUUAGAAAUUCAGCAUUGUAUAACUGCAUAAACAUGUCAUUAUUAUUUUUACAUUUGCAAAAAUGCACCAACCUAUGC